AUGCUCGCCCAUCCCGACUGGGUGGCCGCCAAUCUCUUACAGUGCACAGCUGGUACAGUACAGAGUGUCACUGUCAUUCCUGCUGUGUCGCACCCAACGCCAAUGGGGCCAAUGAUCUGCUCAAGUGGCAUUUAUGCACACCACCCACCUCCUCCCAUCCUCGCUGCAUUGGUGCUGGUGCUGCUCGCAUGCAAGACGGCUGCAACCACGGCAUACCAGCCUGUGACAGUGACAGCGGAAGCAGCAGAGACGGACUGCGGCUUUCAAGGAGACGGUGACACGUAUGGGCUGGGGGUGCGACUGGGAGCCUACAUCCAAUGGCUGACCAGCAUCCUUGCAUACAAUCUUUCCGAGGAAGAGGCCGCUGCCAUGCGGGGCGUCAACACUUCGUUCCAAAUCGCCAUGCUUGCCGGCCUAUUGGUCAUCACCGUGCAGCGAGGCAGCUCCCUUUACGCAGCUGAGGCAUAUGUCGUCCUGUUGUUCGCCUUGGGAGGAAUCUGCUCGGCCGCCACUUCGCCCUGGAAGCCCAAAAAAAGAGAUCGCUUUGGUGGUAUGUCACGACUAGCCCCUUCCAACGUCGGGGCCCUGAUCCGAAUCAGCUUGGGAACCACACUGUGCGCGUAUGGGCUGUGGUACAGUUUCCAAGGCCUUGACCACAUGCGGCAGAACAGGUGCAGCAGGUUCGCUUUCAUCUUUGCCCGCGUCAGCCUGUAUGGCUGGACACGUACUUUGCUGAAAGUUGUCUUCACCCUCGGUUCACUGGCCGCUCUGGUCCUCGUGGCCAACAAUGUCCUGGUGGUGAUCCUGGACUGCUAUGAGUGGUUGCAAAAUUGGACCAAUGCCGAUGAUGAUGACCAGUCGACCGCAGAUGCCGAGAUCAAUCAACCCUCAUGGGUCACCGCGUCGAUCUCGCUUCUAGGUCUUGGCCUCCUCGUCGUUGCCGUGGAAUUGACUUUGGCAUGGAACCAUGUUCGCGGCGUAUACUCAUGCGGUUCGACUGGCCAACUGUUCCCACUUGUUGUGGGAUGCAGUGGACUCUUGAGACUGGUGUACAAGCUUGUUUCCGACUUCAUUCAUGGUUCCCUGAAGUUUGGUCACGCUGCUGCCGAGAGUUGA